UUUCGAGCGGUCGACUCGAGAUCGGUGCGGAACGCUGCGAGAUCAAACUUCGAUCCAUCAGUACGCGUUUGUACGCGAUUUGCACCGAAUUUGCACCGCGUUCGAACACGAUGGGAAAAUACCGAACUGCUUGCCUCAUUUUUAUUACCCAAUCUGUGUUACUGUUCAAUCUGGCGCUGAGCAAGAACGAGUACACGAGGUUAUUCGACAAAUGCGCCAGGGAGAAGAACGCCUUCGAUUGUUUGAAGCAAAGGGCUUUGGAAAUUCUCGAUUCGGCCAUCAAGGAUGACACGGUGUACGUGUUGAACGACUACAUCUCCAUCGGGAGGGACCCUGCAGCGGUUAUCAAGAGCAUAGACAGAUCGUUCAAGGACGACAACGAAACGAAACUCACUUUGGAUCAAAAGCUCGAUCACAAGUUUCACGAGUACAUUUCUUCUAGAAGCGUGAAGCUUACUAUCCCGGGAGACUCGUUUCAAGGUCGAAAGAAGAAAGACAAGGGAUACGGUGCUCUGAUAAUGGGAGCUCUAGCAGUGGGAGCUAUGAUGGCGCAGCUAGCUUACGCUAAAAUCGCGUUCCUCGCUGGCACGGCCUUGCUCACAGCUAAAAUAGCGUUAGUUCUGAGCGCAAUUAUUGGAUUGAAGAAGCUGGUCUCCGGCCAGGGAGGCGGUGGCCACGAAGUGAUCUACGCCACAGGUGCUGAACAUCACGGAAGUUACGGCGGAGGAGGAUAUGGGAGUGGCUGGCAACGAUCCACCGACGGUGUUACGAAGAAGAUGAUCGAUUUGUCCAAGUGUGUGCUCGUCUUGUUGGCGUGUUGUGCGAUUUGCUAUGCGUCCUCGGCGACCAAGGAGGAAGACACUCUCGUGGACAGGGGCUUCAGGGCGAUGUACAGAGUCUACGAGGACUGCCAGCAUCGGAACAUAGCGGUUUCACCAUGCCUGAAGAAGAAGGCGAUCGCGUUUUUCGAAAGAUUGGGCCGGAUGCGUACGCUGCCGUUGUCGGAGAACUUCGAGUUGAUCAGAACGACGGACGAAAUGCCCAAGAGCUCCAUGUCCGAACUGGAAACUACACUGGGCAGAACUACGUCCAGCAAGGACGAAAUUCUCAACGAGAUUCUGUUCGAUCGUGUCGCCUCGCUGUUGAACAGCUUCAACGUUCAGAUUCGGCUGCCGAGGACCAGUGCCGGUGAACUGAAACGAGGCAUGGAGGAGGGACGCGGUAAAAUGAAGAAGAUGAUGGGCAUGAUGAUGAUGGGAAUGGCCAUGAAACUCGCGGCGCUGAUCCCCAUUGCCCUUGGUGUGCUGUUCCUGUUGGCUGGAAAGGCUCUGAUCAUCAGCAAGAUCGCUCUGGUCUUGUCUCUGAUCAUUGGACUGAAGAAACUGCUCAGCCAGAAGCAGAGCAACGAUCACGGUGGUUGGCAGCAAGGUGGCGGAGGCUGGGACAGGAGUCUGAAGAACGUUUUCGCCGCUAUGGAAACGUCGACGACCGAACUGACUCGCGACUACGCGCAGAACUUGGCCUAUUCGGCGCGACAUCAGCACUGAUCGCCAUCGAGCAGGGUGGCGGAGGAGGGAGGGGGGGGGGGGCAUAGAAGGUCUUCCGAUUCCGUUCGGCGUUGCGUGGCGCCACAACGACAACUUCACGUUCUAAAUCGACCGACAUUACACUUGCUGCGCACAGAUAAGAUUAUGGUUAGGCAAACAAAUGUCGAUCUGAUCAAUUGUCUCCGACAGAUUCGUAAAUAUUAGACAGAUUAAUUACCUCGGUAGAAUCGUAAAGACACGGGCACCUAUAUUGAAAUUUCACACGAAAGAUCACAUCCUCUCACCUCUGCACAAAAGAUUUAGACAAACGAUUCUACAGAGUAACGACAUAAUUUUCUCACUUAUAUAGAAAGUAGUUCGCUUAAAUGUUCUUCGUGGAAGGGAAUAUUGCAACUGCGGAAACUUGUUAGCUUGUUUGAGAAUCUUGAAACUCGUUAGACGCUCGAUUUGUAAUCUUCCACGAAAGAUACUAGGUCUCUGUACAAGGCUACGUUGACAGUUGACGAUGUAUAUUGUUAAAUUAUUUAUAAAAGAAGAACAUGGCUAUCGUUUCAACUAUCUUUGUUAAUUAUUCUCUUACAAAUCGUACCCUGUAGAAAUUAACGCGGAAAGUAUCCGAAACGAGACGAGUAGCGGUAAUUAGUUGCCAAACUUGCAUUGCGGACGCGACGCGAGAAACGAGCGUGAUAAUCGUUAGCUAAACGUGUACCGCGAACGUCAGCGACAUUUGCUCGCAAAUGCCGUCACGCAAUAGUCGGAUACACCACAUACCUGCCACUCAUUUUCGCUCCCCGUCAACCGAGAAACCAUUCGGCACGAUAAUAGCUACGCAAUCAUUUCCGCGCACGCGAGUUUCUAACGGAAUCGGGACGAGGCACUUUAUUUGCGCUCGGGACGACGUGCAAACGGUCGGAGAAUAAUUUCCAAAUUUAAUCUUGCAAUCGUCUCGCCGCAAUUACACCGCAAUUCUCCUGGAUAGUUUAAUUAUUCACUUAAGCUACGAAUGAUGAAUAUUUAUUGAACGCCAUGAUAUUUAUUAUAUUUACUAUUACGACAUAUUGUUAAUCCAUUGACUCUGU